UUGAGUGAGGCAGAGGCAGAGGCAUAGGGAACAUUCACGCGAUCAGGGACCGCUGCUGGGAAACUAAAGCUGUGUAUAGUACAAAAUUAAAGUCGGCCUUGGAUAUAUUUUUCCUACGACAGCUGAGAAGAUAUGUUUAAACGGGUUGUACGACAGAGUAAGUUCCGGCAUGUGUUCGGCCAGGCGGUGAAGAAUGACCAGUGCUAUGACGACAUCAGGGUGUCCCGGGUCACGUGGGAUAGCGCAUUCUGCGCUGUCAACUCCAAAUUUGUUGCCGUAAUUGUGGAAGCCAGUGGAGGAGGAGCGUUCAUGGUUUUGCCUCUUCAUAAGACGGGCCGUAUCGAUAAGGCCUACCCUACAGUAUGUGGCCACACUGGCCCUGUUCUGGACAUUGAUUGGUGUCCUCACAAUGACCAGGUCAUCGCUAGUGGAUCUGAAGACUGCACCGUGAUGGUGUGGCAGAUCCCAGAGAAUGGAUUGGUGACCUCUAUGCCAGAGCCAGUGGUGGUGCUGGAGGGUCAUUCUAAGAGAGUGGGAAUCAUUACCUGGCAUCCCACCGCCCGCAACAUCCUGCUCAGCGCAGGCUGUGAUAAUGUGAUUAUCAUCUGGAAUGUGGGGACGGGGGAAGCCAUAAUCACCCUUGAGGAUAUGCACCCUGACAUCAUCUUCAGCGUCUGCUGGAACCGCAACGGCAGUCUCAUCUGCACUGCAUGCAAGGACAAGAAGGUCCGUGUGAUCGACCCGCGCAAGGAGGAGAUCGUUGCGGAGAAGGACAAGGCCCAUGAGGGUGCCAGGCCCAUAAGAGCUAUUUUCCUGUCUGACGGCAAAGUGUUCACCACUGGUUUUAGCCGCAUGAGCGAGAGACAACUCGCCCUCUGGGAUCCGGAGAAUAUGGAGGAGCCAGUUUCUGUCCAUGAGAUGGACACCAGUAAUGGAGUCCUCCUGCCCUUCUAUGAUCCCGAUACUAAUGUGGUCUACCUGUGUGGGAAGGGUGACAGCAGCAUCCGUUACUUUGAGAUCACAGAUGAAGCUCCUUUUGUCCAUUACCUCAGCACCUUUACCACCAAGGAGCCUCAGAGGGGCAUGGGAUACAUGCCCAAGAGAGGACUGGAUGUCAACAAGUGUGAGAUCGCAAGGUUUUACAAACUGCACGAGAGAAAGUGUGAACCUAUCAUCAUGACCGUGCCAAGAAAAUCGGACUUGUUCCAGGAUGACCUUUACCCUGACACUGCGGGUCCGGAGGCCCCCCUGGAGGCCGAGGAAUGGUUUGAAGGGAAGAAUGGAGACCCUAUCCUGAUAUCCCUGAAACAUGGAUACAUCCCAGGCAAGAACCGUGAUCUCAAAGUGGUCAAGAAGAACAUCCUAGACAACAAGCUAAGCAAGAAUACAGAGAAUACCACCCCUGCCAUCAAGACUGCCACCUCCACACCAUCUAUUAAAAGUGAAGCUAAGCUGGAUGAAGUUUUGAAAGAAAUGAAAUCGCUCAGAGAGCUGGUCAGCAGUCAGGAAAAAAGAAUUGCCAAACUUGAGCAGCAGUUGUCUAAAAUGGACAUCUAAAAGGACCCUGAAAUUCCUUCCCCUUCUAUUCAGGAUAUCCCAUUGGCCAGGUGGGCGGGACCCGUCACUGCCAAUCACCAUGACAGCGUUCCGUCUGAAACCUGCCUUGAAAAGACUCCAACCAACAUUCCAAAAUGUUUUUUUUCUUCUUCCUUUUUUUUUGCAAUCCCUAAAACCUGUUUAUACCUCAUGGCCAUUUUGAAAGCAAGAAACUCCUUCAGUUUCUCAAAAUUUGACCCGUUUAGCUUUUUACUCAAUCUCACUCCAAAUCUUUCUGCAACAGCUGUGUUUUAUUUGGUGUUCUUGAAAGGUCUUAAGAAUUUUGUUUUUCUUAUUAAAAUUGUGAACCAAAAGAUUGCAUCCUGAAGCAGUUACAUGAACUUGAUGAGCUCAAAGUUUGAAGUAGCCAUCAGUAUUGCAGUUCCCCUCUCGCCCUCUGAGUUGCCAAAUUUAUAGAGGAGUUAUGCACCUCCCUGACAGUAUUUGAUUAGAUUUUCAUUUCUUAUAAGGGACAAAGCAAUAUGCUAGUAAUGCAAGGAGGGGAAAUCAUUGGAACCAUUCAUCAUUGUUAUACGUGUCUUUCUAGAGAAUAAAAUAUAAAAUGAAAAACCUGGCAAACGUGGAGUUGAAAAAGUUUACAAACCAGUACUGGAAAACAAUACAGGUGCACUAAAAUAUUCCACUAAAGGACUUUUUGUUAAACAGGUACCAAUGUAAAAGUAUUAAGAUAUUAAUUAGCAAAAUAAUAAAAAUAAUUGUGGUUCUGGUGGUUGCCAUGAACACAACCAAUGUGUACUCUGCUCACAACUCCAAACACUUUCUUGUUGGCAAAAGUUACUCAUCGUAAUGGUAAUACAAGCAAAUUGAGUCAGUUUUUCCCCUUUCUUGUUUCCACGUAUCUGAACUUUUCUUCAGUCUUAUUCUGUUUGAAGCCUGAGUGAAGCCAGAAACUGUGUGGGUCUCAUUUGGUAAACUCUAGAAAGUCUCAGCUUCUAGUUUCACGUCCCAAAACAUGAUGAUAUAAACUCAGAACAAGAUAACGCCCAUAGAUUGCUUUACCGGCUUGAUAGCGUUGACCCUGACUUUGUUCUAUUCGGAUGUCAUCCAGGUCUAAGGAACACUGUUAGGUUUGCUUUGCUUUCUCAUGAAUUCCUACAAACCUCAUCUUGAGUUGUGCCGUCCACACUGUCUCAGAAACCAAGUUUGUUUGAGUCUCAACAGCUUUGUCUGUACAUACUUUUGCUGUGCAUUUUAGACUGUGACUACCAGCAAAAUAGUGAGUCAUGAUUAACUUCCUUUUCCUAAGUUCUAAGUCUACCUUGCUCUCCUAACCAAGCAGAACCAAUUCUCUCAAGAGGCAGCUCACGUCUAGAUGAUGAUUUCACAAAUGUUUGAGUUGAUGGCAAGUGGCUUUUUUUGUUUGGUUAUGUACUGGUCAUGCCAAUAAGAGAGGAAACUGUGAUUCUGUUGUUCAGAUUGCUUUGGCUACAUCCUUCGUCAGAGCGUUCUCUUGUGGUUUUCAUUUUGAUGCUUCUACAUAUCUCAUUUCUGUUUGCAUCACUGCCUAGUGCCUCUUUCAUAGGUUCUGAAAAGCACCUUCCCUCCUCUGCAUGCCUUUUAGCCUAAAAUAGCCACCAUCUUCUCACCUCAGAACCAUCACCUGACCUACAAGAAUUUCAUUUGAAACAGAUCUGUUUGCAUCAACAGCAACAACUCAAUACCUCUGAUGUCAUUCUCACUCUUUUGCUUUCUCUCGUUUUUGGUGAAGUUUUAAAGUGAAGGGUUUGAAAAUGUAGGGGCCGUGUUUAUGGGCACAGAUGUGCCAAGCUGGAUCAACUUCAGGAGGUGUGAUGGUUCCAUAUUGAGUGUUUAAGUGGCCUCAGGAGGCAUCUGUGAUGCAGCCUCGAGUGUGUGGUUUCAAAUGAGUGAAUGAUUGAAGUGAAAAGGGAUUUAUGAAGGUUGAAAUGAUAAUGCAGGAAGAAGGCUGGAUGUAAGUGAUUUGCUUAGAUGCUUUGUAAAUAUGUUUUCUUUUUUUCUUUUUUAGUUUUCCUUUACAUGUUUUCUUUGGCUGUAGGAAGGUGUUUGUCCAUCAUUUGGAUUUUCAGAUGAUUUUAAAUAAAUUUCCCAUUUUCCCUCAAUAUGCACACUGUGAGCCUUUAAUGUUUCCAAUGAUAACAUGAAAUUAGAAUUGAAAGGAAGGAGAACUAGAAA